GACAACUAUGAGGAUCUUACCCGUAUGAUCGCUGAACUAGGUCUUUCUGAUGUCGAGAGAUUGCAGAGCCUAUAUGAUCACAGAGAGCGUCGAGGAAAGGGGCCCUCUGAUCGUGAAGUCGCUUUCAUAUUAUUGAUGCAGAAUGCCCGAGAACUUGCGGAGUUUAAUGCUGAUCUGGCACUCGCCCAGCGACUU